UAGUAUUUAUGAUAAUGUUUACUUAAGACAACUCCCUACAUCUUUAGUUUUAAAUUGGAAAAGUGAGAAUAUAGUCACGGACAUCGUGGUAGUAAGUUACAGGUCUGAAUCAAUACUAACAUUUUGCCUACUCUAGCAAGGACGAAUUAAUACAUCAGGUAAGCUUUCUUGGCCUGAUUGACUUGGAGAAAUGUUCAAGGGAGUGGCAGGUGCACCUGUUGGACCAGUUUGGGACCACAUGACUCCGGAGGAAUUUGUCUGUGUAGCAGCCGUCCUUUGUUGAGCCUGGAAAGCACCGGAAUGAUGUCGGAGCCUACAAAUCCUGCGGCGACUUCUUUCCCGGCACCAACAAUUUCUUUGCCGCUGGGUUUGGACAUUUUGAGGACGUACUCUGGAGCGCUUAUUUGCUUGGAGAUUGUGUUUGGAGGGCUGGUAUGGAUCCUCGUGGCUUCUUCCAAUGUGCCUGUGCCUCUGCUUCAGGGCUGGGUGAUGUUUGUCUCGGUCACCAUGUUCUUCUUCUCCUCUGUCUACCUUGCUGUUUUCCUGUUGGGCGUUGCUGACAAGGUCCAAACUGAUUGGAACUUUUUGGAUGUGGUGUACCACUUCACAGCAUUGCUAUUCUACUUUGGAGCAUUUGUGCUGGAAGCUGCCACCACUGCAGCAAAUGGAGGUCGAAUCAUUGGGACCACCAUCACAAACAACACAACACUCUGCAUGACCAGACCGAGUGGGAACAUAUAUGCCUUCCUGGACCAGCGACAGUACAAUAUCAAUGUGGCGGCUACGAUAUUUGCGUUUGUGGUGACUGUAAGCUACGCAUGUAGCAUGUUAAUGGGUUUCAAGAGAUGGAGGAUGUAAUGCUGAACAAGAAAGUACACCACAGGACAGCUUAGGUCCUCUGCAUGGCAGAACGUGAUAUACAGAAGACUACACAUUUGUCAACUUAAUCUGUAUAGUUGUGGAUAUUCCUAGGGCUAAGAUGUGAUCUUAGUCAUGUUAGCAUCAUACCAGUGUGUUCACAAAAGAUUGACUUCCUGGUAUGCUUCUUACAAAGGACCUAAGGUGAUCUUAGUCAUUAUAGUGUUUUGCCUAUGUCUUGCACAGAAACCAGUGCUUUGGGGGGGAGUUCACUCCAUGGUAUUUUUUAUGUGCAUGUCUUUUUGAUACAUGUUCAACAACAUUAUUUAAUGAGAAUACUAAGUAUUAUAUUAAUGGCAUUCACAUUCCUUUAUUGUUAUGUGAUUAAGAUCACCUGUUUAUCUUUGAUUAGAAUGUUAUGUAUUGAUUUUUCAGAUGUAACUGGUACAGUACAGGGGGGAUUUGAACAUGCAAGCUCUUGAGCUUUUGCAGUCUAGUGCAGUCUAGUAUGACUGACUUUAUAAUUUAUAAUUAUCUUAAUUGUGGUCUGUUUAUUGGUGUGUAAUUGUAAUUGUUAUACAAUGAUAGUAGAGGAAGCUGAAGCAUUUGUAGACUCCUAUUCCUAGAACAUUGUAUAGCUAACAUUUAAAAGAUUAUUGAUCAACGUUGAAACAAUUAUAGUCUUUGAAUGAUUUACAAAAAAAAGUUUGUACAUUGUGCAUUGUUUUUAAUUGUGUAUUUGUGACAUUUUUAAUGGAUUUAUGCAAUUAAACUGAACUCAUUUUCUUAC